CCGGGGCUGGACGGCGCGGCCCACUCCCCCUCGGGACCGGCGGGGCGGCGGGAGGGUGACGGAGGCCAUGGCUGGCGCGCGCGUGCGGCUGGUGGUCACCGCCGAUGACUUUGGCUACUGCCCGCGGCGCGAUGAGGGCAUCGUGGAGGCCUUCCUGGCCGGGACCGUGACCAGCGUGUCCCUGCUGGUCAACGGCGCCACCGCGGAGAGCGCGGCCGAGCUGGCCCGCAGGCAGCGUGCAUUCCCACGGGUCCUCCACGCCAACCUGUCGGAGGGCCGCCCCUGUGGUGUCACGCUCGCCCCGGGCGCGUCGUCGCUGCUCAGCCCCGAGGGCUUCUUCCUCGGCAAGAUGGGGUUCCGGGAGGCGGUGGCGGCCGGAGUUGUAGCCAUGGCCCAGGUGCGGGAAGAGCUGGAGGCGCAGCUGAGCCGCUUCCGAGAGCUGAUGGGCCGGAAGCCCACCCACGUGGACGGGCACCAGCACGUGCACGUGCUCCCAGGUGUGUGCCAGGUGUUCGCCGAGACGCUGCAGGCCUCCGGGGUGAGCUUCACGCGGCUGCCGCUGGAGCGCGGCGUGGGGGGCUGCGCGUGGCUGGAGGCCGCGGCGCGCGCCUUCGCCUGCUCCGUGGAGCGCGACGCCCGGGCCGCCGUGGGCCCCUUCUCCCGCCACGGCCUGCGGUGGACCGACGCCUUCGUGGGCCUGAGCACCUGCGGCCGCCACAUGUCCCCGCGCCGCGUGUCCAGGGCGCUGGCGCGGGCCCUGGAGGGCGUCCCCUUGGGCCACGCGCUGACGGCCGAGCUGAUGGCGCACCCUGGCUACCCCAGCGAGCCGCCGGCCGGGGGCUGCGGCGAGGGCCCCGAUGCCUUCUCCUGCUCCUGGGAGCGGCUGCACGAGCUGCGCGUCCUCACGGCGCCCACGCUGCGGGCGCGGCUGGCCCAGGACGGCGUGCAGCUCUGCGCCCUCGACGAGCUGGCCAUCAAGAGGCCCGAGGAGUGGGCCCCUUUGCCCCUGGAGAGCUCCCCGCCUUGACCCCGCUGGGCAGCCCCGCAUGCAGGUUCCUCGGUUGGGAAGCAGGGCCUGCCAGGGAAACGGGCAACGGGGCAGCCUGAAAGCAGAGCCUGGAGCGAGGACUGGCACCUCCAGGGUCGGAGGCUGCACCCUCAUGGCCCAGAGUGUCCCCCACAAAUUCUGCAGCUCCUUCUGGCUGCAGGUGGGGCCUACCCAGAGUUUGGUGCCCCUUAAAGUUACUGUGUAAACAUUGCAGUGACUUAAGGGUGAUGGGGAGCGGUGGCUGUUAAUAAAAGAUCACCUGUGACUUCCAAGUUUAUAAACUUGUCCAAGAAACAAGAACACAGAACCUGCCCCAAACCAAGUCAAUAUUCUAGAAAAGCGAAGCAAAGCAGAUCCCUGGUUUGUCUCAAUCAACCCGCUGCCUUUUGGGAGGCAUGUUACACGACUCAGUUUUCGAUUAAAAAGGAAAUCACUCCUGCUAAGUAGGCAGCCCUCUGCCAUCCUAGGGGAUGAUCUGAGCAGACACUCUAAGCUCAUACGAGUGUGUUUAAUAUUUUCCUAGGAGAGGGCUGCCUUCCAUGGUAAUUGGACCUGGUGAUGUGUGGGUGUCCACUGUACUGGGGUCCCCGGGCUGCAGGAGCAGACGGGGCAGGGGAUUCUCCAGAGCACCAAGACUUUGGCUCUGCUCUGGAGGAUGGGGAGGUACUGGGCACCACCUGGUCUUGCUCCUUGUCUCCUUUAAUUUCCCGUAAAACUGCCUGUGAGGCAGGCACUGUCACCCCCUCUUAGGGUGCCAAGAGUGCUCUCCUGCCCCAGGCACCCCACCCUUGACCCUGGCUCUUCCAGCCCCUUUUCUCCUCCUGGGGGGCUGGGGGUGGGGCCAGGUUGGCUGUGAAUGAGCCAGACCUGGGGGACCACCUUAGAGAUGGAGAGAGGGGCCGUGGCUAGACUGGGGGUGUUUUUUU